AUGUCGAGUCCAGACAAGGCGAAGGAGAGAGAAAAGGGGUCAGAGAAUGGGAAAAAGAAGAAGACGGUGCCAGAUGGCUCAUGGGGAUCACCGAUGCCACUGUUAUCAAUUCGCCCCUCCCAUAAAGACGUGGCUAGCACGUCCACUGUCGGCGCACCCUCGAGCUCCAAGUCUCCUUCAAAAGAUGCCACCAUCACAGCCAGCAAAAACCCCACUCCUCCCACUCCCCCUAUAUCUGCCGCACCCGUGGCACCUGUACCCUUUCGCAGACCGACAUGGGCAACAGCACCUGCCAACGAAUCUCCUUCAUCUUCCAAAUUGCCUGAACCUGUACCCGGUCCAACGCCAAAGAUAAAGAUCCCCAUACGCAUAGUCAACCCUGUGGAGACGCCGAAAGAUGCGCCAGGGCCCAGUAGGAAAUCGGGAGAGCUGAAAAAGUCGAUCGUAGACAGGCUGGCAUUGAAGGCUGGUGAAAGUGUCGUCCAGAAGGAGGCGCUGAAACGGGCGGGCAAGGUGGAUCAAGCGGAUGAGGAUGUGAGGAUGGACGAUGUCAGUCCUUCCAGAGGUGGACCUUCGCCUAGGACGAGCUCCAAGCCACUCUCUUCGGGUGGUGGAGCAUCCGAUUCUGUCAAUCCUGGAGCUGCAUCCGCCGCUUCGGCCAAUAUUGCCACGCCCAUGGCUAUACGACUAGCUGUUCCCAAUUCUGCCAGUCCUGCCGGACUGAGUCGACCUCCUACCAAUUCCUCAUCUACACCCGUCAAUCCCACGUCUACGCCCAAUGGUACACCCAGUAGCGCAAUCAGCAAAGACAAACCCAAGAAGAAGAAGAUGCCGCCCCCUGCAGCCGGGAAUUGGAAGAAUCCCUCAGAGUUUGGCAGUAGCAGUAAUUUGAAGAAUGGGAAGGAAAGUGGAAAUGGGUCUAGCACAAUGUCGAGAUCCACCUCGAGUGAGAAGAAAGACGAUGUUAGACCGAAAAAAUCCUCAUCCCGCCCUCUUCCCCAAACCGUACCUUCCACGUCCUCUAUACCCAAGAUACCAUCACCAGAACCUGCCACGGGACUGCAUCCUGCAGGGUCAUGGCUGAAUCCCAAACCUUUUGGCUCGAACUUCUCUUCGGCGGCUGGGCCUUCCACGUCUACCAAACCGGCACAAGCACCGCUGACUGCGGAGGAGAAGGAACGUAAGCGUUUGAUGCGCGCUGAGAAAUUACGGAAGAUGGCAGAGAUAAAGGCGCAGGACACAGCGGCAGCUCAGGCGGAGCUGGAGCGGCAUCGACGUUCAGCGGGGUCGCAUGUGGGUUCUAUUGGACGUGCGGUUACUGCCCCGGAUGGAGUCAUGUCGGCGUCUGCUCCUUCGUCCAACCGCCCGCCACAUCUUCCAACUCCCACCUCCCCCCGGCCCAUCGCCGUGCAGCCUGUCGGCCCUCAGAAACACAAACGGACUCCUUCUCCAGAUCAUCCGCUGAAGCCGGAAGAUAGACAACGAAAGAAAAGUCGACCUGCGGUGGAUAUGGAGGAAAUGAGAAAAGUCGCGGGGCUUCCUGUGGCUCCUGCUAGUGCUCCUCCCGCUGUCCAGUCUGCUCCCGCAUCAAUGAUCCCUGCCGCAGAGCAAACAGAGUUAUUUGGUGCUGCUGAGCGCGUCAAACUCCGCAAACGGCAAUCUGCUAUCAACGCUAUCUCGAGAUCCAACUCGACCAGCGCCUCAGGAUCGACGAGUGCCACCCCGGGGCCGAGUCGACGAGGCAGCGGUGCUCUACCUAAGUCUUUCAUCGAAGGAAGGGCCAACGAAGCUAUUAUGGGUGAAGUAUCCGAUGACUCUAACGAUGAAUCACCAUCCGACAAUUUACCUCUUUCGACGGGUACCGGCGCGGGCUCCAAACGAAAACGCCAGCCCCAGUCGAACAUCGGUGUGGGCGGGAGUCAACGCCUGGAGAAGAACAUGGAAGAGGCACGGGUGCUCUUGGAUGCCGCGAACCUAUUCAAGACGCAGAGUCCGACAAGCAAGCGUGUGAAAGAAGCACUCUCAAAACAGACGUCAGGGCGUCUGGUGGAUUUGACGGCGGGCCUGAGCGACGUUACCAUUUCUUCUCCCAUCAAGGGCGGCCAAACGCCUUCGAGCCCUGCUGGCAGCGAUACGGAGGGAGACGAUGACAACGACCAAGAACCGGGAAAGAAGGAGCCAGGGAAGGCUGAUCUGUUUGGUUUCGCAGAUAAAGGCAAGGGGAAGGCAGUGGAAUCCCGAGGUAGCGAUAGCGACUUUGCUAUCCUCAGCGAUGGAGCUGCUGCGCUUGCCAAGCAGCAAAAUGGGGAACCGAGUGAGAAGGGCCCGUCUCGCAACAAGCCAAUCUCGAACGCCGCGCGAGCAAAAAAGCAGAGUGUCGCUCCCAGCUGGCUUCUCAAACUCUCCCAGGCCGCUCCUCAAGGCUCCAAACCCGCAAAUACCACUGUCACUAUAGAUGCUAGGAGCGAAGAGGCUUCAUCUGAGCCGAUGAUUACGACGCCCACCUAUUCAUAUUCGCAUCUUCCCCGGCGUUCUCGUCUCACCGACGACCAGUGGGCUGGAGCCAUUCGAGAGGAGCUGCAAGCCCAAGAAGAACGAAAAGCAGGGACAAACAAGAAGUCUGGGGCGCAGAGAAGAAUGAAGUUGAAGGACUACGCGGGGUUGGAUCUGGAUAUAAACCUCUCAGGUAUCACGGCGCCUCGCCUCUAUUCUAUUCCUACCCCCAAGCAGUCACAAUACUCACGAGGGCUAGACGAGGACUCAACCUAUAACGGCUCCGACGAGGAUUCCGACACCAACACGCGAUCCAGGUCGAAAGGCAAUUACAAGAAGCUCUUCAACAGGGCUCCGGACGCGUCUCCGUCGCCGCCACCUGUGCCUGAAGUCGACCUUCAGACCUUAUACCCCGAUCCGCCUGUCCCUCCAGACCGCAUUGGCAUCGCCAAACGGGUCUACGAACAAACCAACAUGCACGCUUGGGCGGCAAUGUCUGCACGAUCACAGCCCACUCGUGCCCGUUCUCUAUUCAAGGCAUAUAUCCAUCAAUCCACAGCCUGUGAUCCUUACGGCCCCGACAGUAUACCUGUCUAUAACGAGGUGGAUGAGGACCAAAGGCCCCCUGAUUUCGACUUUGUCUACUCCAACGACAUGUACUACCCAGAACCGAUGCCCGCCCCAGAAAAGGGCCUGGGAUGUGGGUGUGAUGGCCCUUGCGAUCCUCAAAGCGCAACUUGUACGUGUCUUCAGAGGCAGGAAUUGUACUACUAUGACAUCGGGGUGAAAGGAUUCGCAUAUCUCGAAGACGGUCGUAUCAAGGAAACCACUGCGCCUGUAUGGGAGUGUGGCGAGACGUGUGGGUGUCCGCCGGAAUGUAUCAACCGCGUCGUCCAGCGAGGCCGCUCGCCCCGAACCCAGGUCGAGCUAUUCAAGACUGAACUCAAAGGUUGGGGUGUACGUGCUGGCUCCGAUAUACCCAAGGGAACAUUUAUUGGCACCUAUGCUGGAGAACUGGUGACGGAAGCAGAGAGCGAGCAGCGAGGCGUGAUAUACACUGCGAUCGGAAAAACUUACAUCUUUGACCUCGAUGGCUACCAAAUUCGACACCCUCCUUCCCGGGGAUUGGAGGAGGUAGACCCUCGAUUAGCGGUCCUCGCUGAACAGGCGAGAAAACGAGCGGAGAGAGUGAACAGGGAUGAGAAGAACGAAGAGGAAGAACGGUACAACGCGUACAGUGUUGAUGCCUUCCACUAUGGUUUCACGCGCUUCUUCAAUCACUCCUGCGACCCGAACCUAGCUAUUGCCCAAGCCUACGUCAAAGAUUUCCACCCCGAAAGACCCAUCCCAGUGAUGUUUGCCCAUAAAGACGUCAAAAAGGGCGAAGAACUUUGCAUCAGUUAUAAAGGCAUUCCGGACGAAGAGGAGAUCAACGCUGCCCUCUUGAAGCCCACUCCCAAGAAAAAAGCUCCUCGCCUGAAGAAGAAAGAUCAAGUGCCAGUGAAGGGCAAAGGCAAAUUGCCAUACCAAACCGUGGGGGACGACUAUUACGUCUGUCGAUGCGGAGCGCCCAUUUGCGACGGAGUCAUGUUCCCGGGGAUGUGA